GAAAAAACUGUUUAUUAAAUUAAGAAAAAAGGGAGAGAUAACUCAAAUGAAAAUUCUGGGGUUAAUUGUUAAGCUAGUAUGUUUUGCGGUCGCUGUUGGCGGUGAAAUUCUCUCAAAUCAGCUCCGAAGCUCCCAAAUGCUCAGCCUCCCGGAGUGUAAUAGACCAACCAGCUUAAUGAUGGUAGUAGCUUUUCUUGGGGUUCUUGUUUAUGCGCUUACAGUAAUGGCUCAAGAGGUUUCGGUAUCUUGUAUGAUGGCUUAUGAUGAAGGCGGUGCUCCGGCUGUUUUCCAAUCUCUAGAGUGCCCUCAGUGGGACUUUCCAGCUAAAAUCCUUCAAAAUCAGACUGAUAACUGCCAGUUCGCCACAAUUCAAGGGUAUCGGGAUUAUCAAGAGGAUCGUGUUACUUGCAAUCUUGAUUUCAAGAUACCAGUGCUUGGUAAAAAUGGGCCUAAGGAGAUAGUGGUUGGUGUACUUGCAAUAUUUGAUGGUCAUGGAGGAAAGGAAGCUAGUGAGAUGGCCUCAAAGUAUUUGCUGGAUUACUUUCUGCUGCAUGUUAUAUUUUGUACUUACAAGCAGUCCAUACUUCUCCAGAACAAGCAUGAAUCGGUUUCUCAAGGCAGAAACAACACAGAGAAUGAUAUAUUAACACUCACAAGUUCUCAAGAAGUGUUACCACUAACUGAUGAUUUGCCUAUAUAUAAGAUCUUGAAGGAAGCACUAUUGGGGGCAAUCCGUGAUAUUGAUAUGAAAUUUUCAUUGGAAGCUUUAGACAACAACUAUGUUUCCGGGUCUACUGCCACUGUCGUUCUCUUGCUAGAUGGUACAUUUUUGGUUGCCAACAUUGGUGAUUCAAAAGCACUCUUAUGCUCAUUUGAGGAUCAUCCGGUAAAGCUCUGGGCUAAUGAACUAACAAACGAUCAUCAUCCAAGCAGAGAUGAUGAAAAGGCACGAAUAGAGGCUGCUGGUGGUUUUGUUCGUGUAUGGGGUGUACCUCGUGUUAACGGUGUACUAGCUGUAUCUCGUUCUAUAGGUGACAUUUAUCUCAAAAGGUAUGGUGUUAUUGCAACCCCAGAAGUGAGAGACUGGGACUCCUUAAAAACCAGGGAUAUGUAUUUGGUGGUCGCUUCUGAUGGCAUAUUUGAAACUCUGACCUCACAAGAUGUUUGUGAACUUCUAGAGGAAACCGAGGCUUCUGAUAAUUUAUCUCUAAGCUCGUCAUCGCUUUCAUUGGCUGAUAGAAUAGUGUAUUCUGCAUUGAGAAAGGGCAGCAUGGAUAAUUUGUCAGCUAUCGUGAAGCCAUUGUGGAAAUCUCACAAGGCCGAAGAAUAUGCUGUAGACUUGUGAAUUGUGAUGGGUAGCAUCUAAAGUAAAUGACCAUACUCUCAUCAACACUUUCGAUUUCUGGGUGCUAAAUCUUUUGUAGUUUGUCUCAUAACACAGUUAACACCAACUUUUUGCCAUAUAAGCAUUUGCAUAUAGUCUGCUUUUGUGUUGCCUUUGUAGUUUUAAUUAAGGUAGUAUGUUGUAUUGGACGUCAAACCCUUUUUGACGGAACUGUAUAGAAAGAUGUUAUACCCUCUCUUUCAAGUCAUUUGAUAUAGUUAAAAUCAUUUUAAAAAAAAACAAAUUGAAUAAAAAUAUGUGAUUGAUUAUCUA